GGUCAUUUACCCUUAAAAAAGGAAACAUUAGCUAAAUAGAAGCAUUUGAAAAUUUGGUGGGAAAGGUGGUGAUGACCCAUGAGCCAACCUCGUUCCCAUGUCUCCAACGGCUCUAGAGAUCAAGAAACGCCUCCUCCAAGGAGGCCUCGGCUCCCUCAAUCAGCUCAAGCACGUCCAUGCUCGGCUUCUCCGUCUCGGCCUCGACCAAGACAACUAUCUGCUCAACCUGUUCUUGAAAUCUUGCUUCAAUUCCACUUGCAUCGAUUACUCUAAACUUAUCUUUGACCGAACACAGCAACCCAACAUCUAUCUCUACAACACAAUGAUAAGGGGCUUGGUUUCCAGCGACUUUUACGAGGAAGCUAUUCAAUUCUACGGCUUAAUGCGGAGAGAAGGCUUUUUCCCCAACAAUUUUACUUUCCCUUUUGUACUGAAAGCUUGCGCAAGGAUUUUGGAUUUCCCGUUAGGUGUGAAGAUGCAUACACUCGUGGUGAAAUCGGGUUUUGAUUGCGAUGUGUAUGUUAAGACUGGUCUGGUGUGUCUGUACUCGAAAUGCGGGGACGUGGAGAAUGCCCAUAAGUUGUUUGUUGAUAUACCUGAUAAACAUGUUAUUUCUUGGACUGCGAUUAUUAGUGGGUAUAUUGGCAUUGGCCAAUUCAGGGAAGCUAUUGAUAUGUUUAGGGGGUGGUUGGAGAUGGGUUUGAGGCCUGAUAGUUUUACACUAGUUCGUAUUUUAUCUGCGUGUACUCAUUUAGGAGAUUUAACUAGUGGUGAGUGGGUGCAUGGGUAUUUGGUAGAUGCUGGAAUGGGAAUGAAUGUCUUUGUAGCUACUGCUUUAAUCGCCAUGUAUGCCAAGUUUGCAAACAUGCGUAGAGCUCGACUUGUCUUUGAUGGGAUGCCUGAGAGGGAUAUUGUUUCUUGGGGUGCCAUGAUUCAAGGUUAUGCAUCAAACGGACUCCCAAAAGAAGCCAUUGACCUCUUUUACCGCAUGCAGAGAGAAAAUUUGAAACCUGAUUGUUAUGCCAUGGUUGGAGUUCUUUCUGCUUGUGCCCAGUUGGGAGCACUAGAAUUAGGAGAGUGGGCCAGAAACUUAAUUGAGAGAGAGGAGUUUUUGACAAACCCUGUGGUUGGUACGUCACUAAUUGACAUGUAUGCAAAAUGUGGGAAUAUGGCUUCAGCUUGGGGAGUCUUCAAAGAGAUGAAGGAGAGGGACCUUGUGGUCUGGAAUGCUGCAAUAUCUGGCCUUUCCAUGAAUGGCCAUGUCAAAGCUGCAUUUGGUCUAUUUGGCCUGGUAGAGAAACUUGGGAUACAACCUAAUGGGAACACCUUUAUCGGUCUGCUUUGUGGGUGUACUCAUGCGGGUCUUGUUAGUGAUGGUCGUAAGUAUUUUAAUAGCAUGGACCGUAUCUAUUCUUUGCUUCCAACUAUUGAGCACUAUGGAUGUAUGGUUGAUCUUCUAGGCCGUGCUGGACUACUAGAUGAAGCUCAUCGACUAAUCAAAAGUAUGCCUAUGCAGGCUAAUUCUAUUGUUUGGGGAGCAUUACUAAGUGGAUGCAGGGUGCAUCGAGAUACAGUGCUGGCUGAACAUGUAUUAGAACAAUUGCUCGAGUUGGAACCUUGGAACUCCAGUAAUUAUGUGCUUUUGUCCAAUAUUUACUCUGUAAACCAUAGAUGGGAUGAUGCGGAGAAAAUUAGGGAAAAUAUGAUUCAGAGAGGGAUUAAGAAAACACCUGGUUAUAGUUGGGUUGAAGUUGAUGGUGUUGUUCAUGAGUUCCUUGUGGGUGACAAGUCUCAUCCCCUAUCAGAAAAGAUAUAUGACAAACUUGGCGAAUUGAGUAAGGAGUUGAAAGCUGCCGGUUAUGUUCCUACUACAGAAUUUGUGCUUUUUGAUAUUGAAGAUGAGGAGAAGGAACACUUCCUUGGUUAUCAUAGUGAGAAGCUGGCUAUUGCAUUUGCUCUCAUCAAUACUGCACCAACUCUUGUAAUUCGAGUUGUGAAAAACCUUAGGGUCUGUGGUGACUGUCAUACGGCUAUAAAACUCAUUUCAAGGAUAACAGGUAGAGAGAUAAUAGUUAGGGACAACAGUCGAUUCCACUGUUUUAUUGAGGGGUCAUGCUCAUGCAAAGAUUAUUGGUGAAAUAAAAGAGGGUUUAACCCUGGGAUCAAUGAUUCUGUUGCAUAACCUUCAUACUAAAUGUUGACGAAAGUCCUUGUACCCUUUCAUUCGAGCAGGAAAACGGGUAUAGGCCAAUUUUGUAGUAGAACUAUUCUCUCUCAUAUACCCAAUAGGAAGAGAAGUGUAUUUCUUCUAUAAUUGAUUGAAGGACAAGAAGGAUUUUGACUUGAGGAACUAGUAUGGGAUAUAUAUUGCUAAGUUGGUCCAUAGAUGUGCAGAGCAACCAAUCCAGCGAGAUUAACCAAUCACAACGGCUUAAAGGGAAAAAGAUUCAGGGAAUUUUUGUAUAAACCACCUAUGCAACUGUGGGUUGAGUCGCGAGCUAGAGAUUUGGAGUACAAAUGACUGAGGCUACGGUUGGGGCAUGGAACACUUACCUACUCAGGCCAAAGCCAAAAGCAUCUACAUUUCCUUAUGCGCAAAGGAUCGUGCAACUUUUAGAAUACAGCUUCAUUUGAUUUAAGGAGCAGCAAAAUCUUGUAAAUGUUGACGAGUCAUAUGAGCUUGGCAUUGGUCCAAACCGACCAGACCAUGCAGCUGGAAUUGGAAGGGGACCCUAGCACCGACGGAUUCUCCUCUUCUAGAGCCUCCACACAUCCAAACAAACCAAAUAAUCAAACAAGCCAAAUAUAAGAUUCAUGGACACUUUUGACUAGGGAACUUAAAGCCAAUUAUUGAGGAAGAUGCUGUUGCCUUAAUCAUGAGAAUCCUCACAAUUAUGCUGAUAAGGAAUUGUUUGAUGAAAUAGAGAGAGUAGAUUGGAUCUCGAACUUGAGCAUUUGCUGCUUCCUUUUGACUUUAUUCAUGCCUUUCACGGAUCUAUUGGUUAUUAUUAUGGCACUUUUAGUAGCGAUGGGUAAGACAUAGUGGCUGCUAAGUUCC